AUGGACGAAACGGGCCAACAGGUGCAGGGCGAACAGCAGCAGAAGGACAACCAACAGCAGCAACCGCAGCAGGGCUUUGCGACGUUCUGUGCGGGAGCGGAAAAUACCGCGCCCCAGUCACCGGACGAGCUUGCGUACGAAAAGGAUGACGAGCUGCACGUGUGGAUGCCCCCGACGACCAAACCGCCGACCACCACUUCCGGCGGCACGCAAACAACGGCGUGGUACAAGGCCACCAACGUGCGCACCAAGCAAACUGGCUUCGUGCAGUUGCAUCAGCUUGUGUUGGUCGAUAGCGCCCCCUAUGGAUCGGCUACCGGACCACCGACGACGGUGGUAGGUGGCGGCAGCAGUGACUAUCUGUCGAUUUCGAGCAUCGUCGAUGGUGGUGGUGCACAGUCCACGGUAGGAGGAGCGCCAGCUAGUGGGACCGGCGGUGCGCCCGGAACGAACGCUGGCGGCAAUGGUGGCCCUGGAAGUGGUCCGGUACCCACUAGUGGCGGCGCUGGCUGCGUUUCGAUCGGUUGCGCUUGCGUUAGCCAGCAGCAGCAACAGAUGGUUGAUGCGUUGUCCGGGCUGCGGUUGAACACUAAACCGGCGGGGGCGAAGGACGCUACCGGUGGCGCUUCCACUGGCGCUGGUGGUACCGAUCCAACGGUGGUAACUGGCAGUGGUGGUGGCGCACCGGAAGAUCUCUACGUGAAGUGUGUCACACCGGCCACGGGCUCAUGCAUAGUUGGUAAAAAGGACGAACUUACUAGCAACAAAGCCUACAGCAAAGGUCAUGCCCCCGAGUUUGUUUACUUUGUAACUCCCAUUAUAUGUUUGCUUUGUCGAGAUUAUAUCUGGGGACUUGGAAGGCAAGGAGGACAGUGUAGAAAGUGUGCAUCAUGUUUCCACAUCAAAUGCCUGCCGCUAGCCUUCUACGAGCCGUGCCAAAGAAAUUCGGACAUGUACCCGAGUAUACCGAAUACUUUCAAGACGGAAAAGUCAAUUAACGAAUGGACGACGGCAAACGUGUUGGAAUGGCUGGCCGCUGUCAAUAUGUAUGACCACGUGGAGGUAUUCAAAACGAAAGCUAUAAAAGGCUGUGAUUUACCGAAUUUGGAUCGUGAUAAGCUUGAACAAAUGGGUAUUAAGAAUGAAUUCCAUCAGCAAACCAUCCUGGCGACGAUCAAACACUUGCUGACCAGUGCAGACCUGGCGGCGGGACUGCCCGCGGACAGCAGUGCGGCCGAUUUGGUCGGUCCGUCACCCGCAGCCGCCAUCUGCAGCCAUGAGCUGGGACAGCUGGGCCACCAUCACCACCACCAGGGCCACAAUUUGAUCGACGGUUCGUUCACGAAGCAGCAAAAAUGUGAUAUGUGCAAGCAGUACCUUCACGGUCUGGUCCACCAGGGUCUAUGCUGCACCCAGUGCAAUUUGAUCGUACACCGUCAGUGCUCGGUGGCCGGUGGUUUGAAGCCUUGCUGCGCCACGACCCAGCAGCUGGCGGCAACGGCGGCAACGACGACGGCGGCGGUGGUGGUGCAGCAGCAGCAGCAGAAUCGGUAUGUCUUCGGUAAGGGGCUCUGUCUGCAGUUCGAUCUAUCGCUUCACCAGCCGGCCCCGCAGAUUGUGAUCGAUCUGUGCAUGACGCUCGAGAAGAAAGCCCAGCUGGACAAGGGACUCGAUCUGUACGUCGUGUACCGCACAACGCCACCGCGCUACGACGAGGUAAACAAGCUGCGCGACGCACUCAACGAGAAUCUGCUCAACAUCGAUCUGACCGGCUACUCGGCCGAGUGUGUCGCGACGGUGUUGAAGAAGUUUUUCCACGAACUGCCCGACCCGGUUAUACCGGUCGUGCUGUACGAGUCAUUCAUCGAAGCGUCUAAGCAAGGCGACAUGCAAGCGGCUGAGCAAAUGAAGAACCUCAUUCAGCAAAUGCCCCAACAUCACAGCAAAACGCUACAGUACAUCGUGCGCCAUCUGAUCCGAAUCUGUCGGUUGCAGUUUCUGCGCGGCAACAAGCAGCAACCGACGAUGUUGCUGCAAGUUUGGUGCCAUAUUUUGAUGCGCCCGGCUUGGGAAAGGAUUGUGCAAUUUGUGACCAACAUCAAGAACCAUCUUCGGAUUUUGGAAAUUCUUAUGUACAAACUUGACUGGAACGAACCGCUGCCAGAGUUUCUGUCGAUUCCGGCCGUUCCCCCGAGAAAGACUUCGCGCUCCAGCUGUAGCAGCAUUGGCAGCAGCAGCAUGGGCUUGUCGGAAGUCGGUAGCAGCAGCAGCAGCAGCAGCAGCGCAGGGUCAUUAUCCCAGUUGUUCAGCUCCACUGUGGCAGUGUCCGUUUCCACUGAAAGUGCUUACGGAGGAUCGUCUGCGAAGUCGUCUCCGACAACGGUGGGCAUGUGUGCAGGGCUGCUAGUGACUGAUCCGAAUACACCCCAGGAGCUACGCGAUGCGGAGUGGUACUGGGGCAAGAUAUCGCGCGACGGGGCCAAGGAAAAGAUGAUGGACGCCCCGGAUGGUUCUUUUUUGGUGCGCGAUGCGAUCAACGACGCAGGAGAGUACACGCUCGUGCUGAAGAAGGACGGUGCCGAUCGGCCGAUCAAGAUUUUCCACAAGGCGGGACGGUACGGAUUCACGCAGGAGUGCACCCACGAAAGCCUGGUGGCACUGGUGCACGAGUUCCGCACGACCACCUUGAAGGAGUACAACACGAUCCUGGACAUCAGCUUGUUGUACCCGGUGUCGCGCUUCGAUGACGAUCUGUACCCUGCAGAGGAGGACGUGCACAAGCUAGCGAAGGCCCUGUACGAGACGGUGCAAAACUGGAAGGACUUGGUGAACGACCGGGAUUUGAUUGUCGAGGCGUACAAUCAGGCGCAGCUAAAUCUCGAUCUUCGCCGGCAGGCACAGGAAGCGUUCGUGCACGCGGAGAAGCUGUUCAACGAUCAGCUGCUACUGCAGGCCCAGUACGAGAAGGAGGCGCAACCGCACGAGAAGCGAGGACUGAGCAUGAACAAUCAGCUGAUACAGAACCGGCUGGCCGAGCUGAAGGAGUGCAAGAAAAGCCUGGAGAUGUCGAUGGAGCUCGAAAAAGAGCAGAUACGGGAGGUGCAGCGUGACCUGAUGAAAAUGAAGCCCGAAAUUACGAACCUGAACAAGCGUAAAGACCAGUACUUGGAGGUGCUGAAGCGGCAGGGCAUUACCGAUGGGCAGAUUAAGCAGAUACUCUCCGAUGGUUAUCUGUCAACUGGCGAAGAGAUGCCCCAUCUGGACGAGACGACCUGGCUGCUGGAGGGCUGCAGCCGGCAGGAGGCCGAAGAAAAGUUGUCCCAAAAGCCAACUGGCACGUUCCUGAUACGACCCCGCAGUGCCGGCCACUACGCGCUAUCGAUCGCCUGCAACGGCGUGACGAAUCACUGCAUCAUCUACGAAACGGAGCGCGGGUACGGGUUCGCCGAGCCGUACUUUAUCUACGAAUCACUAAAGGCGCUCGUGGUCCACUAUGCGACCAACUCGCUCGAGGAGCACAACGAUUAUCUGCAGACGACGCUCAAGUAUCCGGUCUUUGCCCCGAUUCCCAGUGGCACCGGAACCGGCAGCAGUGGCGCUGGAGGAGCAACAGGCAGCGGGGGCAGCGGCGGCGGUGGCAGUGGAGGGGGAAGCGGUGGAAAUGGUUCCCAACCCGGACCAUCAUCAUCGCGACAGCAACCGCAGCAGCCACAAAGUUCGGGUAUGAUGAACAACUUCGCCUCUUAA